CUGCGCCUUUGAUAUGGCCAUCCGCCGGCAGCUCCGCGCCCUUCAUCAACACUGAGCCCACGUUCCUCCAUCGACACCGCUUGUUCACGCGACAACGGCCCAACCGAAACGGCGGCCAUGGACCUCUCACCGCCUGCAGCGCUCGCGAAGCCUCAGCACUACGGCACGUCUGCCCGCAAUAGCGUGCAUACCAAUUACUUCCAACCACCUAAGUCGCCAGUCUCUGCAGCAGCCACCCCUGCUACUGCGACUGGGCAGAACUAUUUCUCCACGAGUGUCCGCAAGAGACAACGACCAGACUCGGCGCAUUCACGAGACGGACAACACACGCAAGGCACACCUUGGGCAGAGACACCAGCCUGGGCACAGUCUCCAGGUGACAGGAUAUUCGGCAGCGGCUACAGCCAGAACUCAGACCUCGUCAACGAGCGAUACCGCCUAGCAGACGGCUUCGAUACUCCUGGACUCGAGUCAAGUUCACGCCUUGAGCAGCUCACAGUACCCGAGGAUGAAUUUCGAAGACGACUCCGAGGCGAAGACGAUGACAUGGAUUUCGCUGUGCGCUCUGGCUGUCCUGCACCUCUCUCUGGACCCCUCGCACGUGAGAGAAAUGGUGUUGCUCGUGUGAGACCUGCAUCUGACGACCGUUCACAGACGACAUGGACGAGCCUUGCGAUUAACUUCAUUGGCAAGGCGUUCACUUUUGGGAGCACGGUAGUCCGUGGCUUCUACGCUGGAGGUGGCAAGGGCUAUGACAUGCAGAACUCGGCUCUUGUGGGGUCGGACUUGCUGCAGCAUACACAAGAAGCCGUAGGCACGCCCAUUCCCGGCUCAUGGCAUGACGCAGAAGCCGACUUCUUGGGCGAUUUCGAGCAAGACAGUCCCUACUUCAAUCAUGGGUCGCCAAGUCGGCCUGCAGUAAAGCGACGACAAACGGACCGAGAGACCUGGGUCCUCGUUCCAUCCGAUCUAGAAGGCAGACCACCAAGUCCGAAGCGUAAGAUCUCUGGCAAUGGCAUACCGCGAAGCAAUCUCGCAGCUGCGAAGCCGUCUGCAUCACGCGCUUCAAGCCGACGAAGUCUUGCGCCUGUGUCCCGGAGAACGACUUCGUACUAUCAGACAUACGCGGCCCCAGUGCAGGCCUCGACACCAACCCAAGCACAGAACAGACGCGCCUCGACCGCUCUGACCCGCUCACCUCAAAGUCGCCCUGCCUCCGCCGUUGGUAUCACUCUUGUGAGUCCCGAGGCAGAACGCUUCGCUCGGCGACAAGCGAAACAGGACAAGGCGAUGACGAGCAUGAGCAAUCGGAUACAGGAAAUGAUGCGACAGGCGCAAGAAGCACUUGGCACGAAGUACGCUGUCGAAGGUAGCAACGACGCCAUGGACGCAGAAGACGACGGGUUUAUUGAUGACGAGUGAAGACAAGGCAAUGAGAUGAUAACGACAUUUUAUUGUGUACGACCACAGCAUUGGAGGCCUACAGGACACCAAGAAAUACGCGCAUGGGGAGCGAAAUGAACUAGCUAGCAGACUGAUGAUACCCACUUUUUCGCGCUUUGGGGGAUAAGAAUGUCUAUACGAGUAACACAGGC